AUGUUUCACGACCAAUAUCCCCAGAAAAAGAAAAGACCACUUCAAGAUGGGUUGGAAUUGCAAAUUGAACCACAAGCAUCUACGUCAAAAGAAACAGACGACUUCUCUCAAAGCAACCAUGUUAUGACAGAAGCAGAAAACUAUUUCUUACGACAAAGUCUAGAAAAAGCUACAGAUAGUCUCUCUCACUUAUCAGAAACAUUCUCCUUUGAUCAUAUUAGGAGUGAUAAUAACUUGGUCAUUUUAUAUACUGGUUUGCCUACAACAGAUGUAGAAAAAAUGCGAAAAAUUGAUCAGCUGCUCAUGACUUUGAUGAAAUUGAAACAAAAUUUUCCACAUCAAGAUUUAGCAGUAAGGUUUAAUGUUUCACAAGGCACAGUCUCAAAUGUUGUAACAGCCUUGCAUGAAAUUUUAUUCAAACAAUUCAUGUCUGAAAUACCAGAUAGAAGUAAAAAUCAGUUGUGCUUACCAAACUGUUUUAGUAGUUUCACAAAUUGUAGAAUUAUAAUAGAUUGUACGGAAGUUUAUACUUGUAUAAAUCGCCAAAGUAUGUCUUCCCAGAAGUUGACGUACAGCUCAUAUAAGCAUAGAAAUACAUGCAAAGGAUUAGUAGGUGUUGCACCAAAUGGUGUAGCUACAUUUUUAUCAUGUUUAUAUCCAGGUUCAACAUCAGACAAAAAAAUUGUCAAAGAUUGUGGAAUCUUAAAUCAACUUAAACCUGGAGACUUGGUAUUGGCAGAUAAAGGAUUCCUAAUUAAAGAUUUAAUGCCUCCCGGAGUUCAUAUUAACAUUCUCCCAUUUCUUACAACUCCUCAAUUCACUACAGAACAAGUUCAUCAAACUGAAUGCAUUGCUCGAGCAAGGAUUCAUGUGGAGCGUGCUAUAAGGAGAAUGAAGGUGUUCAAUAUAUUAAAUUUAAUUCCACAUUCUUUGUUACCACAUGCUGAUGCUGUGUUUCAGGUAGUAGGGGCUUUAACAAACUUGCAGUAUCCUUUAAUUAAAGAAGUUGGACAACUUUAUUAUGAAGGGAUUCAAAAGAUUGAUCAUAUCGUUAGAUUUUGUAUAAAUAGUUUUUAA